AAUUUCAACAGCUCACUGCAAUAAAAUUACACCAUUUGAAAGUGUAGCGUUUACUUUUGGUCCAGUGUGACAACGUAUCAUCUAUUUACAGUGUGAAACAGAAGAAUAGUUUUUGAUGUGGCUAUUCAUGAAUCUGAAUUGUGGGACUGUAAACAAAAGCAACUGAAAACUGAAAAUGGAUGGAAUUGAGCUGUGGAGCCAGCUGCCAGGUUCUUACGACUUCCGCUCCCCAGAAUCGCCAUUUUGGAUUUGGAGUUGGUUGGCUUACUUUGCAGUGAUACCUUGCACAGCCAGGCUACCGCGGCUUUCAGUUAUCACACUGGGCACUGGGUGGUGCUGACAGAGUCAUCUUGGAGGACCUUGUUUUCCACAAGUCCGCAUUUCUUCUAUCCCCUUUCUCUCUCCUCGUCUUAUUCUUUUCUCCCCCGUCGGCACGCUGCGGAAUUCCAAGCUCUUGUGGAAGCUGCAAGCUAGCUAGCUUGUAAGCUAGCCGCAAAACAGCAUCGGCACCGGCUUCUUUUUGACCAGAGGAACUCUCAUCAGGCCCGCCGCCACAUUGUCUUUCGUCGUUUAUCCAGUGAGGCCCACCUGGCUCAUCAUCCGGAGAGAUGUAUCAAAUCCCUGUGAACGAUUUGACAAAACUCAGGAAAGCCAGGAAACAAGUGAAAAAUGCACUUGAAGAUAUUGGACUGGAGUACUGCAAGGAGGUGAUAAAUGAAUUAAAGGAUUUCAGUCCUGGUGAUAAAAUUUUCAAUGAGACACUCUACACAGACAUCUGUGUCUGGCAUCCUGCAUACUCUAAAAUACAGGACUAUCGAUCAAGGCCUUACUGCUGCAGAGAGUGUCGGUUUUCUUCCGCAACCUACGCGGGUUACAAGAAUCACUUCCGCCACGCACACAAGAAAAUCAUCCAGGAUCGAGUUCUUCUUAACUGUUCUUACUGCACGUUCAUUGCAAGCAGGAGAACAUUGGAGAUUCAUGUUAGAGUAUUCCACAAGGACAAAUUGGACCAGCAGAUUUCACGGAUUAAUGCAGUCAGACAGAGACAAGUGGCCUCAAAUAAGCCUGCCCUUGGUUCAGCCAGGUCUUUGUACUUUUGCAAAAAAUGCACUUACCGUGACAGUCUCUACAAUGCUGUAAGAAAGCACAUCUACCGGGAACAUUUCAAGCACGUUGUGGCUCCAUACCUGCGUAUGGUUCCCAAAUCCUCUGUUCCAAACGGUGCUCCUUUUAACGGAGACAACAUCCUUUGCAAACGCUGCAAGUUUACCACGAAAACGUAUGAGUCGCUGGUGCAGCAUGUCAUAGAAUAUCAUGAGCGCAUAGGGGCUCAGGUAACGACUAUGAUUGGACAUGCGAAUGUUGUUGUCUCCAAUUUGCCAAACAUGUCCCAGAAAUCUUCUAUGAUUAUCAAUGGGGGCUCGUCUCUCUCAGUUAAUGCAAAAGCACAACCAGUCAUUGGCUACUUAAAGCCACCGGGUCCAACUUUUAAACGUCAGUCUUUGAGUGCAGCCAAACAGGUCGGCGUUAAAGCCCCCCCCAACACUGUGCCCGAAAGCAAUGUGCCUGGUGUCAACACAUCCCAGACGCAGAAGUGGAAGAUAUGUACAGUGUGCAAUGAGCUUUUUCCAGAGACACUUUACAGUGCUCAUUUUGAAAGUGCGCACAAGGCUAGAAUAGUGUGGGCCAUGGCCAAGUAUAUCAUGAAAAUCCACAACUUUACCAGUAAAUGUUUGCUUUGCAAUCGCUACCUGCCCAGCGAUACGCUGCUUAACCAUCUGCUAGUACAUGGGAUCACUUGUCCACAGUGCCACUCUGCGUUCCACAGUGUGGAGAAACUCCUUGAGCAUGAGCGCCAGGCUCACCUCAGUGUUUUUGUAGGACCGCCGGGAUCAGCACCGCUCACUUUUGAUCUCACCAUCAAGCAAAACGUGCAGCUUCAUGUUCUGACCUUUAACAUGAAAGAGUCUGAGAACAAAGAUCUGUCUUUCAAUCCUCUUGUCAAAGUGACACCUUCCAUUGCAGAAAUGCAGACUCAUGAGCCUGAAAGUAUGUGCUCCACAGAGAGGGAAAGGAACGACUUGAACAGGACCAUGUGUCCGCUUUGUUGCACCAAUGUGAAAGAUCCGGUGCCGAACGCUCUGGCCGUUCACCUAAGGCAGCGACAUCAGGUGCUCCAAACAAUGCAUCCAGUUGAAAAGAAAAUGACAUACAAGUGCAUCCAUUGUUUGGGAGUGUACACAAGCAACAUGGUGGCUUCCACAAUUACACUGCAUCUUGUCCAGUGCAGAGCAGUAGGAAGGAAGCAGGCGAGUCUCGGUGCCAAGUCGCCAUUGACGCUUAACUCGUCAGGGAUGAGCAUGCUCAAGAGGCCGAUGCCGUCAACACGGAUAGCAUCUUACCCCAAGAAGAUCAAACUAACUGCAGAGUCAAUACUUCCUUCCACCACUGGAAAGAAAACCGGUACUGGGGAGCUGACUCUUGAUCCCAAUGUGCACAAGACAUAUGAGGCUCGUAAAAAUUUCCUAAAAUCUUAUUUCAAUCAACGACCUUACCCUUCCCCCAAAGAAGAAAAGAAACUGUCUGCCAGCCUCUGGAUAUGGAAAGCUGACAUCUCUAAGCACUUUGCAGUUUUGCAAAAGGAAUGCAAAAGUCUCUGUGAGACAUUCAGCAUGUCUGUGCUGCUUGGAUUUGACAUGCAGGCCCUCAACAAAGUGAAACAUGACAUGAUUUUCAAGAACGUCCAGAUUGAAAGCACUUCAAGGAGGCCAGGUGGACUCAAGUCUGGUAUUCCAAACAUGACCAAAAAUCUUAAGGGUGUCUCUUCCAGCUUGAGGAACACAUGCACAGAGCCCAUUCUAAUUGACUCAGACAGUGAACCAGAAAUGCAGCAGCCACCUGUCGCUAAGAGAAAUGGUGACUCGGACCUGCACAAAGAUGCAUCCAAAGUGACUCAGACGGGGGAGGAGCACCUGUGUGACUCGACGCAGCCAGGUGAUUCAGCACAGAUGGGAGAGAAACCACCAGGCGACUUGGCACAGAUGGACGAAAAGCCAACAGGUGACUGGACACAGAUGGAAGAGAAGCUACCAGCUGACUCGCCACAGUCGGAAAAGAAGCAGCCAGGCGACGCGACCCAGACAGAAGAGAAGCCUCCAGGUGACUCGACACAGACGGAAGAGAAGCAGGGAGAUGACUCGACACCGACGGAAGAGAAGCGGCCAGAUGAAUCCACACCGAGCGGAGAGGAGGUUAGAGUAAACACAGAAGAGCCCUUAAGUGCAAAUGAAAUAUCUUUGCAAGAUGAAAGUGCAAACAAUUGAAAUGUGUCGGUGUCUGGGCUUGGGAAGUGUGCCUUGUUGUAUGAAAGAUCUGUUUCCAUAGUUGUCCAAUAAAAUGCAAUUCUCUCCAAAUUUGGUAAUUAAGUACUUGUAUUCAAUUAACCAAUAUUUUUUUGUUUUAAUUACAAAAUGGAGUUACAUGCUUUUAAUUGGACAACAAUGAAGCGAAAUGGCCUACAAAUUUGCAGCGUUCCAGUGUUUCAUUGUACUGUACAUACUUUAUGUUCUUUAAUUUCCCCCACCCUGCCCGAAACCUGUUAACCUGUUAAAGACACAGUCUCAUUUCUCAGAUAUAUAUUUUUCAACUGUAUCAAAUUGCCAAUAUUCAUUUGGAAAAUGUAUAGUAAUUGCUUAUGUUCACAUUUUCAAUAAAAACAGUAAAAAAGAAAUUAA